ACAUCUGUGUUGCUUUAGCACUGUGAUAGUUGAAUGUUGAGUGUAUUAGAGCUCUGUAUUUUUUCACGAGCACACCGUUUGCGAUCAUGGCGAAGAUCAGCCCGUGUUUCAAAUGGACCUUUGUCUUCUUUAACUCUCUUUUUGCAAUCUUUGGGAUUGUCAUUAUUGUCUUGGGUCUGAUCGGGCAGCCAUAUGUGGAGUCGGAUGCCAUGGCUGGAUUGAUCCUACUAUAUGUGACCGGUUCCAUCAUUUUCUGCAUUGCUGUUCUAGGAGCUUAUGGCGCACACAAAGAGAGCAAGUGCGCACUGAUUGUGUUUUUCAUCCUUAUGUGUUUGGCGACAGCUGGCAUGUUGCGUAUCGCCUUUCCGCUAGCAUUCAAUCACAAGCAGAUGAGCUCAUAUGUCAGUGAAUACUUGAAAAAGGAAAUAACUUUGACCAAAGAUCAGGAGCAUGCAUUAAAGCCCAUUCAAGAGCAUUUCCACUGCUGCGGACUCUUUAACGGCUACAAGGACUGGCGAGAUGAAGUUCCUGAGUCAUGUAGCUGCGUGAAUCCGAAUGCAGACGACACGUGUGAGAGGAUAAUGACAAGUCCCUUCAAGAGCCCUUGGAAGUACAGUAAUUAUGAAAGCCGAAGGGUCUGGUCAAAGUCAUGUGGGCCCAUUAUGAUGGAAUAUAUAGACUACCUACUGAUCGUCAUAAUGGCUGUGUUUUUCAGCCUUGCAGCUCUUGCUAUUCUGGGAGGCCUGAUGUCUCUUGCGAUGAUCAUCCGUGUGUCUGCUCCUUCUGAAACUCAGCUGCCAUCAUUCCCGCUGUCAUACAAGCCACCCAAAUACUCCGAAGUGGUUGACUAUUAACCGAGCAAUAUAACAGCUUCAGUUUGCGUAACUUUUUUAUAAGGUUUUUUUUUAAGCUGGUUGAGCUUCAUCCUGUCCACGUGUGCACAUUCCUAUCCUUCUACACGUCCUUCGCUUUACUGAAAGAAUGUGUGGAACAAACCGACAAGCCAAGCAACCUGUAUUGCAUUUUAUAUUCCUAAGACUCUUAGAUGUUUUAUGCACAAGGUUUUGUGAUACGUUCUCUCUCUCUCAUUGAGAGAGAUUUAUCUCUACUUUAUAUAAAUGUACUAUUUUGUUGUUCAAUACAGGUACACAACUUAAAUCCUUCCUAUUCUGUACUACUGAUCACCUGGCAAACUUAAUUAUAUAACCAGAGGACUGAUUUUAUCCCAUCACGGAUACUUUAGCAAUAAAAUUAUAGAUUUGUUAUGUGCAGUGUAAUGCACGAUUAUUUUUACUGGUAUAGUGUGACACAUAUCUUCUCUGGGUUUCCAGUGCACAUUUAAUGCCACACCACAUCACAUGUUUAUAUAAAUGUUGUCCCAAAGAGAACUCAUGCAGUACAUACAAAAGCAAACUAUUCCUUUUUUUUUUUUUUUUUUUUUAUAUAUUGUUUAAUAUAUUACUUUCAUGUUUAAAUGUCUGUUUUUUAUGCAUUUUUACAGAAAAAAAAAUUAUUGUCUACACAAUAGGCCUACUGUGUAUGUGAACAAACAUUUAUUUAAAAAAAUGGAAAAAAUAAUAAAUAAAAAGCAUAAAAAUCUA